UGGACGCCAGGGAUGUUCAACAGCAAAUAAACACGUCAAUUCAACAGGCAAACAAUGAGAUUUUGAGUCAGUUUUCCAGUAUUUUGGACAGUCGACUGUCAACAGUUCAGAGAAGUAUAAACGAAAAUCAAAAGAUUAUCGCCGAGCGGCAAGAAGCUAAGUUUGAGCAAGUUUUUGCAGAUAAUUACAAAUUUAAAAAGCGCGGUGAUGAAGAACAAUACAAGCACAAUGUUUAAGUAAUGGCAAAGCUGAAGGAGGCAAACGAAGAACUAGAAGAGAGCCGCAUUCAAGGAGCGAGACAAAAGAUAACAGAAGGUUAUGACCUAAUUAAGCAGAGACAAAAACUUGUUAAGUUAGCAGAUUCGUCAUCGGCUGGGUGGAGAGCUGUAGAUGAAUAUAUAAAGAACCCCAUAGCUUCAGACUCAGAUGAUGAAAAAAGAAUUUCCAAAGUGCAAAUGAGGGCGGAGAGAAAAGUCAAGGACGAACGCAUCAAACGUCGAAAGGAUAUGCGAGAGAAAUGGAGGCCCUACCCUUCUAUCAACGCUGCAGAAGGCAGUACUUCAUCCUCUACAACGGCCGCAGUGUGGAGAUCAGGGCAGUGCUACAGGUGUCAUAAGCUAAGAAAGGACACUGGAAGAAAGACUGUACUGAGAAAAUAGAUGAAAA